UUUAACCGAUUUUACCGUUUUGUAUCGAGUUUUCGAUUAUUUUAAUUUUGCAUUAUCUACAUAAAGAAACUCAACGCUUUCAAGUGUCACUGUAUGACUUUUGAGGUAAGAUCUUAGUUAAUUCUUUGAAUAGAAUAAGAAUACUAAGUGUAAGCGUAGUUUGACUUUACAAAUAUAACUUUCUAUUACAUGUUGAUGUCUGUGUUUAACUAUCGAUAGUAUCAGGACUAUGCACGCUUUAUAUCUAACAUUACUAAUAUUCGUUAUGGAAAUCACACUGCAACUUUUGUACCAUCUUUUCAAAGUUAUCCUGACAUGGUGAAACUGUGGAUUGAAAGACUCCCCUGGCAGACUCUUUUAACACAGUGACUCCUGUAGAAGUUAUAAAUAAUCAAAUCGACGACGUCAAAUGUGAGGAAACGAAACCAAGCUUUGGCGAGAUAUUUUCUGACUACGCUCGCGUUGCCUCGAUGAAUGGUGUCCCUUUAAUUGAAGCUGCAAGUUCUCCAACCCUGAAGGCGAUAUGGAGCUUUCUGCUUGCUGCAGCCAUUGGCGCCAUGGUAUUUCACUUAUACACUCUGUUCGACAGAUAUUUAAGAUACGACAAACACGCGGAGAUAGACAUGAGUUUCAGCAGCUUGCAGUUCCCAGCAGUCACCGUUUGUAACACCAACAUAAUGAGAAGUUCAAUGACAAGAAAUGCUUCUAAUGAAAUUCAUAGCUUGUUGGCUGACAUUAAGAACAAGAGCCAACAGAUAGUGGAAGCGAACAGUUACAAUGAGUUAAACUUUGAUGAAACGGUAUCAACUGACUACUGGUCAGAUUCCUGUUGGAACUAUUAUUAUUAUUACUACAAUGAGACUGAUUGGUACGACUUGUAUUGCGACUGUGUGAUGAGUCAGUACAGUAACACUGGGUCUACGUAUCAGGAGGAAAAGAAAUCAGAAAUAGACAUCAAUUUACUAGGACGAGCUGAAAACGACUUUCAAACACUGUUCAGUUUUAUGGAUUCAGACAUCAAGAAACUGGUUGGUCAUCAACUAGAAGACAUGCUGCUACAGUGUACAUUUGGCAGAAUUCCUUGUUUACGGUUUAAAAACUUUACGCAGACCGUUACAGCCAAUUAUGGAAACUGUUACACUGUAGAUGAAAAGUUUAUAGCAAAGAGAAGUGGACCUGAUGGAGGUUUGGAACUCAUACUCUUCCUGGAGCUGGGCGAGUAUCUGCAAGGUAUUACAAGUGGUCGAGGUGCUCAAGUUGUCAUACAUGAGAAAGGAUCCUACCCAUUUCCUGAAGACGAAGGCAUAUCCAUCCCUGCUGGGCAGCAGACUGUAAUUAGCCUCAGACAAUUGAAAAUCAACCGUUUGAGUGAACCAUACGACCGCUGCACCAACAGAGACAUAGAGAAAUACACGUACACCAGAAAUCUGUGCCAGAAGAAAUGCAUUCAAGGCAUUAUUAUCAAGAGCUGUAAUUGUUAUGACACAAGAUUUGAAAGUAUGAGCUCCAUGACCAACAUCACAAGUGGUUAUCUCCCCUGCACUAAUUCCACAAACGAUCAAUAUUGUAUACAGAAUGUCACAAACGGCUUCGAGGAUAAUGAAAGAGACUGCCAAUGUUUUAAUCCAUGCAAUGAGAGUAUCUAUGAGAAGAGUGUCUCCUACAAACAGUGGCCCAAUGAUGUCAUGGCGAAAUAUUUAGCUAAUCAAGUUUGCAAGAACAAUUCUACGUUGUGUGACUCAUUGUGGAACUUAUCAAACAGUAAUCCUGAGGAAUUAAGAAUGAAUUUUCUAAAAUUGAACAUCUUUUUCCAAGACUUAAACUUUGAGGAGAGAUCAGACCAGGCCAACUAUGAGUUUACUACACUUCUGUCAGACAUUGGCGGAAGUAUUGGCUUGUGGAUUGGACUGUCCAUUCUUUCGCUCUUUGAAAUAGUGGACCUUUUGCUUCGACUAGUCUAUAAAGUCUUGACCUGGACACGGAAGUGUGACGUCACUCAAAAAUGAUCAAAUCUUUUGAGCAAAGCAUGUUGCUAAGUUUAAACGCAUCAUAAUAAAAAAAAUAUAUAUAUUUUUAAUACAGGGAAAACAAAAUGGAUCAUUUCUUGAUGUACAUGAAAAAAUGUUUGUCUGUAAAAAAGUUUUUGAAAGGUAAUGAAAAGUGUAUACAAAUCUAUGAUUUUAAUUUUUACAAAAAAUUUUGGAGUUUUCUUUUGUAUGAGCAGUUUUGAAAUGUAUAGAUACCCCCAUCAGAAAAAAAAAUUUGAUAGGUCAUGAAAGUUAUUGUAUAUUUUUUAUUUUCGUUGAUUUAGUCAACUUUAAAAAAAAAUUCCUGCUAUUAGCUUGCAAACUCUUGACAGGUUCAGGUAUCAAAAAGUUGGAAACUAGGUGGACAAGUGUUUUGUAACAAACUCUAAUGAUUUUCCUAGAAAUUUAAAAGUACAGUAAAUCAUUGUGGAAAUAAAAAACCUUAUGACCAAACAGUAAAAAACCUUGGUUUGACCAUUAUAAUUUCGAAUGAUGCCUUUUUAUUUUGAGCACCCAAGACUUUAAGGAGGCUGAGUGUUAAAGCUCUUGGCUUCCGAACCCGGGUUUGAAUCCUGGGAUUUGUAAUUUUGGGAUCUUUGGGUGCCUCUGAAUCCAGCCAGCUCUAAUGGGUACUUGACAUAAGUUGGGGGAAAAGUAAAGGCGGUUGGUCGUUGUGCUGGCCACAUGACACCCUCGUGAACCAUGGGCCACAGAAACUGAUGACCUCUGCAUCAUCUGCCCUAUAGAUCGCAAGGUCUGAAAAGGGGAAACUUUAGUUACUUUACUGAAUUUGACACAAAAAUCAGAACGAUGCGCUCCCUGGUCAUGGCCACAUCCUUACAUAAUUGUGAGCAUUAGAUUCUGACUACAGAACUAGAGAGGAGCAUCCUAGGAAUGGAAGUGAGAAGCAACAAAGAGAUCCAUGGAAUGGCCAAUGAAGAGAUCAGAAACAGGAUUAUUACAGCAAUUGGACCUCAAGAUGACCUGCUAAGUACUGUCAACAAACGCAAACCAAAACUUUAUGGCCAUAUUACAAGGUCUACGAGGCUCACAAAGACCUUCCUUCAGGGAACAGUACCUGGAAAAAGAAGGACAUGC